UUAUUGCUUGUUAUCGGGUGCAUCUUCUGGUGCUGCCUCUCAGCCCUUCAUUUGCUUCCUUCGCGUGCAGUACCUAGUUGAUGUUCCGCGCAGUGGACGUUUACAGUUAUUUAUCACUACUUUGUUAUCACUCUUUUAGCCACAGGUCGUCAUAAAGUAGAUUGUGCAAAUUUGUUCAAAUCGCCCCACAGAUUCGAAGUAAUCUGAAGAUAGGUUUCUAUCCACACUGAGUGUUAUUCUGAUAAGAUUUUCAGGUGAAGAAAUCAUAAAUUCAAUGUCGGCGAGACAACUAACUAUCUUGUACGGAAGUCAAUCCGGAACAGCGCAAGACCUCGCCGAACAGAUAUGGCGUGAUUCCAAAUUGUAUCACCUGAAAGGGUCCGUAUCGGCCAUGGAUGAGUACGAUAUUUCGAAACUCAUCCAGGAGCGAUUCGUAGUCAUGGUUUGUUCCACCUAUGGCCAAGGCGAGGAACCGGACAAUAUGAAACGUUUUUGGAAAUUUCUCCUGCGAAAAAGCCUUCCUGCGGAUUCACUGCGCGGAAUGUUCUUUGGAGUGCUUGGGCUGGGAGAUUCAAGAUAUCCUAAGUUCAACUACGUUGCGAAGCGUCUACACAAAAGACUGCUUCAAUUGGGCGCAUCCGCUUUACUUCCGGUGGGACUGUGUGAUGAUCAGCAUGACUUGGGAUACGGUGCCGUUUUUAUGCCUUGGAUGACUAACUUCUGGAGCAAGUUGAUUGAACUGAGUCCAAUACCUGACGGGUUGCGAAAAUUGGACGAGACCCCUCGGGAGUAUCGGUGGACUGUUGAACCUUGGUCAGGUUCAGCUAGUGAAGAGGCAGACAUGUACGCAGAAGUAAGAGUUGAUAACCUGUUUGUCACCACAGUGGAAGCAAACAAGCGUACUACAGCCGAGGAUCAUUUUCAAGAUGUGCGAUUUAUUACAUUUGCGAAGAAAAGUGUUGACUGGAAUCCAGGCGACGUGGUGUAUGUUAGACCUCACAAUUCUUACGAAGAUGUGGACCGAUUGUUUGAGUUGUUCCAGGAACACAAUCUUGGACUGAACAAGGACACGGUUGUUUUGGUGAAGGAAAUUGAUUCAGAAAUGCCCGUUCCUGCUAUCCUUCGAAAACCCUUACCGCUGGAACGUAUCGCUCUACAGUACUGGGAUCUGACAGCCAUACCACGUGCUCGUGCAUUUGCCGUUUUAGCUCGGACGUGUCCCAACGAAUUGGAAUGCGAAAAGCUACAGGAAUUUUCCAGCUACGAAGGUCAGGAAGAAUUGUUCUCCUAUGCCAACCGCCCGAGACGAACCAUUCUGGAAGUGCUACAAGAUUUCCCUCAUGCCAGUGCGGCACUAACACUGGCGGCACUGUUCGAGUUGUUUCAACCCAUCAAACCGAGAGCCUUUUCCAUUGCUUCUUCGGCGGCGAGUGGAAAGUUGCAGAUUCUGGUUGCUGUCAUCGAGUAUCGUACGAAGCUAAAAGAACCCAGAAAGGGAUUGUGUUCGAACUGGUUGAAGCGCUUGCAACCAGGGGAUUCUCUACGAGUUUGGACUAGGAAGGGGACAUUCCAGCUGCCGGCAGAUCCAACAAUCCCCAUAGUGAUGGUUGGCCCAGGAACUGGUUUGGCGCCAUUCCGGUCAAUCCUUCAGGAAAGGGAGUUGCUUGCGGACCGGCGAAAAAGCGGACCAUUGGUUUUAUUCUUUGGCUGUCGCAAAGCUGCGGCCGACUUUCAUUUGGAAGAAGAUUUACGACGAAUGGAAAACUCAGGCCUUCUGACGUUGUUCUGUGCAUUUUCCCGGGAUCAGAACGACAAGGUGUACGUACAGCAUGUGAUCAGGAAGCAAGGUGACUUGCUAAAGAAACUUUUGAUGGAGCAGAACGGAAUGUUUCUGUUGUCCGGCAGCUCAAAGAACAUGCCUGAAGCAGUGAGGGAAGCCCUGGGUGAAGCGAUUGGGAGUUCUCUAUAUGUGGAAGAUAUGCUGAAAACUGAACGAUAUCAGGAAGAGACUUGGGCUUAGCUCAAACCCCGUUUAUGUUAUUAGAUACUUAUUCUAGAUAAUACAAAAUCUACUACUCAGUGAAA